AUGUUCGCCAUAGGUAGCGGUCAUUUCGGCCAAGUUAGUCUCAUGAGUGUUGUAAAGCGUGGUGAGGUGCAUGAGUUCGCAGUGAAGGAGUUGACGAACCUCAACCCUAACGUUCGAACAAGUCGUGUUCAAAUGGAGUCCGACUUCGGUAUUCGAAUGUCCGACUGUCAGUUUGCUGUUAUCACCUAUGGAGUCGUUGCUAUGGGCGACUGUGUUCGAAUUUUAAUGGAAAUAAUGGAUAGUUCGGUGGAGAAUUUGAAAACAAUGUUACAGCUUAAGGAAAAGUUGUGGCCGGAGUAUACCGUUGCUUUUAUUACAAAGUGUGUUGUGAAAGGCCUCGAAUUCCUCAGGAAACAGGGUAUUCAACAUCGGGAUGUGAAACCGACCAAUAUGCUAGUCAACAGACUAGGGUGUGUCAAGAUAUGCGACUACGGCGUCUCUCAGCGAAUGGAGAAUGAUAAAACAGUUACAAAAUAUGUGGGGACUUAUUCAUUUAUGGCUCCAGAACGUCUAACUAAACAGAGUGCAAAUAGAGGUUUUCGAAUACAGUCAGAUGUCUGGUCCCUUGGAUUGAGUGUCUAUUACCUAUCAACGGGAUCCCUGCCGUUCCCUGAAAAUUUAGCAUGCCUUGAUCUUCAGAGAUAUUUUGAAGAGUACGAAGAGUUGUUCAUUCCGGACGAUGGUACUUUUACUUCAGAACAGCGCGAAUUUCUCGUUGCUUGCCUUAAAUUGAACGAACUAGAUCGACCUGAUUAUAAGACUCUUCUACAAAUGGGUUUCUUAACUGAAGUGAAGAUCAAGAACCUUCGUGGAGAUUUCGCUAAAUUUAUCCGAGACACCUUGGGUCCUUAG